UGGAAACUUUACAUCAGGUGAUACCAGCACAAACUGUUCUGUUAUUCCGAAACAACAAGAGGACAAAGAAAAAAAGAAUAGUUUUUGUAUUUUAACUGCUCGGUAGUAGAAGAUCGGAAUUGCCAUUAGCAUGCCUCCUUUUGAGCGUCUAACUCAACGCAUUAUUCAGCCUCAACGCCCAUACUACAAGAAUGGACAGAUUGUCGUAGGAGUUCUGUUGAUAAUAGCUGCUUCACUUACGCUUGUCUUCGGCAUUGUUUCAGUUUCCUUGCCAACAGUCUACUACGGCUUUUAUGGAACUCCACUGUGGACUGGAGCAAUGAUCAUGAUUGGCGGAAUAUUAAGUGUACUUUCAAGCAAGUAUGACAACAAAUGCGCUACUGCCGGUGGUCUUGUGAUGAAUAUCCUCUCCAUCAUAUGUGCCUGUAUCAUCAUAAUUUUGAUGAGUAUUACUACGUUACUGGAGGAAUACGGAAGUAAUGAUCACUGUGCAUACGAGAGCGGUUACAUUUAUUAUUAUAGUGGUUGUAAAACAGAGAAAGCCAUGGAUAUAAUUUUGCUUGUUCUUGGUGUAAUUGAGCUUGGAUUGACAAUUGCUGCUGUUUGUGUAUUAUCUAUGGAUGUUUGCUGCUGCUCAACUUCUCAACAAGGAAUGGGGGCAACGCUGUUGAGGGAUCCUGCUGAACUUGCGGAAAUACAAACUAGAUACAGCCAAGUUGUUGUACCAGCUGGAGCAUACCCAGUAUCUCAGGUCCAAUAUCCUGCUGGCCAGCCUCAGCAGUAUCCUGCGGCUCAGCCUCAGAAUUAUCCUGCUUGUAAUCCUUCCCUUGGAGCACCUUAGAACCAAUAGGGUACUACUCCAUGAACCGGAAGUAUCUUGGAACCCAUCAACUUAAACUGGACUGAACCUGUAUCACAGAACAAAUCAUCUUACACUGGACUGGAAGUACCUUAGAACCAAUAACCUUACACUGGACUGGAAGUACCUUAGAACCAAUAACCUUACAUUGGACUGGAAGUACCGCCGGAACCUAUCAACUUACACUUAACUAAAAGUACUUUGGAACCCAUCAAUUUUACACUCAACUAGAAUUACAUGGUUCCCCCUCCAAGUAAAGACCACUUUUGGGAUGGAAGUUUCUAAGGUUUUUAGCUGUCUCUCAUUAGAUUGAUAAAGAUAAAAGACAUUUGUUAAUAUGGGACCACAGAGAAUUGGUCCUUAAUCGGAGGUGGUCUUUAAUUGGAGGGUCUAUAAUUAGAGGGAGACUUGUAACUCGCAAUCCAUUAUCUUACAAUGAACUGUAAAUACAUCAGAACCAGAAGCAGUUGUCUUACACUGAAUUGGAGUCCUAUCAUAAUCCACCAAUUUACAUUCAACUGACAAUGAAAUAAACAAGUGGAUUACAAUUUUUCUUUGCUCUGAUUAAAUUAUUGUUAACUUCGAAAAGAAGGCUCCAGCACGACGGCCUUCUUCCGCAGGUGGAGUCUACAAAAACAUACUCAAACAUACUCUACUCUAUAACUUCAUAACUUCCUUUAUUGUAAACUAAAUGCUAUCGGUAUUGAGUAUCAUAAAUGGUUUAGGUCAUAUUUAUCUAUCAUAUACUAGCCUGUUCAAAUAAAUGGUGUAAAGCCUGAUUUGUCUAUGGUAUCAAGGUAGUAUUUGGGGACUCUUUUUUCUUCUAUAAAAAUAAUUUGGUAUUUUGUGAACUUCUUUUAUAUGCUGAUGACAGUGCAAUUCUAUUUUCUCACAAUGACCCGAAUCAAAUAACAAUAAACCUAUACAGUAUAAAGUUCUAAAGGAUUGUAAUUAAUCGCUCUGUGAAAAUAGGCUUUCGUUAAACUUAAACAAAUCAAUAUGUAUUAUUUUGGAAGUAAAAAAAAGAAGUUAAAUAAGGUUAUUAAUUUGCAUAUCGAAUAUGGUUAAAUAAUUUUUAAAGCUAAGAAAUUUGUAAAAUAUCUGGGAAUUGAGAUUGACAGAAAUGUUACGGGUCAUAAGCAAAGCAAAUUCACGGCUGGAAUAUCUUUAUCGGCAGGCCUCAUGUUUAGACUCAUACUGUAGAAAAGUUUAUGUAAGUCACUGAUCCUCUUUUCGAUUAUGCUGCUCCAUCGCCAAGUUCUGUAACACUCAUAAAAGAUAUAAAAUUAAACUUCAAACGGAUCAAAAUAAAAUGGUAAAAUUUAUAAAACAUCUGAGAUCUAGGGAACACGAUAGGACAAUUUGGACGCUCGGAUGUGGGACUGCUUAGUGUUGAAGAUAGGAUAACAUUUCUUCGCUUACGGUAUGUCAUGUUUAUAAAAUUAAUAAAUUGCCCCUCUUAUAUACGAAAAAUCACUUUAAAAGAAUCUGCCAUAGACAUAGCACUAUAAUUAGUUCACUUAACUAUAGAAUACCUAUUAUUACCUCAGAUGCUUCAACAACAUUUUAGUUUAAUGCUUUCUCCCAGCCGAUAGAAUUAAAUGGAAAUUAAAAACUCUACCUGGCACAGUUAAAGACAAAUUUAAAAGAAAGUUUGUUAAGUGUUUUAAAUAUUUCUCAUCUUUUUAAGUAAUUGAUUUUUGUUUUGUGUUUCUCGUCUCUUAAUUAGAGAGCUUUUGGAAUUAAGUCUUAGGAUUUUCGGGCAUUUGGCAUGUUUUCUUCCUCUUGUUGUUCUGCCUUCUUUUUUCUAUUCUCUUGAUUUUUUUAUAUUAAUAAUUUUUUUAUAUUAUUUUUGAACUGUUUGAUCGUGUUUUACACGAUUUUAACUUGGUUUUGUAUUUCUUUUCAAUUUGAAUUGUAUUUGCUUGCUGUAUUUCUAUAGGCCUACCUAAUAAAGUAAAAUCCACUUAACAUCACAAUUAUUAUUCUAGCAUUAUUCUAGCAACAUAAUUUUAAAUUUGAAAACGAUAUUCAAUUAUACAUUUUAGUGAUGAUAAAAAAAAAUCAGAUUGCGUACAGUAAUAGGCAUAGUAUUAUGCUAUAAUGGUUUUAUCUGUACGAGCAAUUUAGCGUUCACAUCCAAAUAUUGGGUCAUAUCAAAUAGAUAAUCUACUUGAUUAUUAAAUAGGUAAAAUUAUUAUUUUGUGUUAUGGUUUUUGUUCCUAGUGCCCCAUGGGGGUUGUAGACACUUGGCGUCUCAUUUGUAAGUUGUGAGAGUAAAAGGUUGCAAAAAUGAUGGGAUGCGUCAUAAGCUAAAGAUAGGAACGAAAAGUAAAGGCCUGUUUAUACUUGCAACAAUAACGAUAAAAAGCUAAAAAAGAAAAAAAAAAGAAAUAAGUGAAGUUAUAACACUAGGACGAUUCAAUAACGAUUUAUCAUGUAUACGAUAAAACAUAUUUAACAAAUCAAAUCAAAUGACGUCAUGAUCAUGAAAAAACGAUAAAAUCAUUGUUCAUCGUUUUUCCAUGAUUAUGACGUCGUUUUAAUUGAUUUGUUAGUUGUUAUCGUAUACACGAAAGCCGUUGUCGAAUCGUCCUAGUGUAAAAAUUUCUCUUAUUUUUAUUAUUUUCUAUAAGAACAAUUGCUUUUUAGCAUUUUAUCGUUACCGUAUGCCUAGAUACAACCUGUCCUAGAAAGAACUAAAAAUUCAACAAUCUGUUACUUGUACAGUUAUUCAAUUAGGGAAAAAAAUAUUGUGUUGGCCACGAAAUACAGAUAUUUUUUAAUGAGCUGAAAGGCUAGAAUUGGCCUAUCUUGCGACGGUAGGCGAUGCGACAGUGUUAUGCGAUCGUUUAGCUAUUCGCUAUAGAUUAAAAAAUUGUUUUUUUUUUAUUUUGUUGUAUUUUCUACAUUUUUUUUAGACAUAAACACAUUAUUUGUAAAAAAAAAAAAUCCUACCGACCUACCUAUUUUUAGGAUUUCCCCGAAAUGUGGCCAACAAAAGAAUUUUCUUUUUUUUUUAGCUUUAACGCAUUGAAAUCUGUAAGACCGCAACUUACUUUUACUACCACUAAUAAUUGAUAAUAUGUUAACUUCAUAAACAAGAUAAAAUUACUCAGACGAGCUAUAUUUGAAACCAAUCCUUUCAUAGUGGAUUAUUAAUGAUUCCAUGUUAUUACACAGUUACUUUGUGCAUGAUUUUAUGUUCGCUUUUUCAAAAAUUAUAUAUGAUUUUAUAAAUCCAAUAUAAUGCUGUAAAGUACAAAAUGUAGAUUUAGCAAAUAAAAAUUGUGAGAUUUAUGGUAUAAGGCGUAAUGUCUAUGAUUACAAUUUUUU